AUGAUGGAUCAAAUUACAAAAAAACGGCUGCUUUUCACGGAUCAUGAUGAUCUCAGUCUCUUAAGAGAGGUUUUGGGACAGAACCCCAUUGAUAAUCCAGCAGCAUGGAACAUAAUUCAAGAGAAUAUGCUGUCUCUGACGAAAAAACACUUUCUUGUAAGAACCCUAAAAGAACAUUUGGAGUUACUGGUGAAGUUGUGGCUGAAGGAGUUCAAAAAUUUGAAAAACCUAUCCGGGAUAGAAGUUAUCCAGACAGAAAAGGAGGUUUUAUGUCAAAACGUUCAUGAGCUGAUGUGUGGGAAAGAAAAUCAAAAACAUCAGAAACGAAACAUCCUUGUAUCCAAAAACAAGGGUGUAAAAGCACGUGGCCGUUGUGCUUCUACAUCAGUUGAUUUAAGCCAAGAAGUGGGAAUACCAGAUAUUCGACCAGAUAGUUAUGGUUCCGUAGUAGAGGCUUCCCAGCAUUUGGAAAAAAAAGAGGAAAUUCCGAAUGAGCAGGACUAUUCGUUUUUUUGCCAAAGCGAAAACGUUGAAGGUAUUGAAAAUGAAAAUACUCAAGAAAAUGGGCCGACCCCAUUACCAACAAUGGAACCCCCUGUUUUGAAAACCCAUUCGAUUACUCCUAAGCCAUCCAGAGUGCUAGCUCCUAUAAGAUCGAGAAAAAGAAAAGCCAAUACUCAGAGGCAAGGAUUGGCUUACUUGGAGGCAUACGAUGCAAACCAAGGGGCAACAAAAAAAAAGGAAAUGGAAUUGGAAGAGAAGAGAUUGGUGCUAGAAGAGAGGAAAUUGGCCAUAGAGGAGAGGAAAAUAGCUCUCCUUGAAAAACAAAUGUCCACCGCUGACAAUCACACAAGAAUGCUUAUUGAGUUGGCAGACAAGAAGUUGACUGCAGAAAUUGACCAAAGACAGCAGUUAGCAGACGUAAUUCAAAAGCAGGACGAUGUGAUAAAGUAUUUUUUAAACAAAAAUUGUGGCUGA